UUCACAACAGAAGAGUAGAUUUUCACACACACACACACACACACACACACACACACACACACACAAAGGGGCUUUUAACUCCGACUUCCUGCGGUGACAGUUACGUUCACGACUGCCCUCAACAAACUUACACGAGUAGACUUUUACAGAGGAAUUAACUAAGCGGAGUUGAGACGGCAUAAAUGUGUUAUCCUGUGUAUCGGAUAUGGCCUCUGCUUCUCCUCGGAGGAUUCGUGGUGCCAGGGAUGCGACGUGUCUGUGGAAUAGAUAUUUACACUCCAAGUGAGAUGGAAGCCGUCAACGGCACAGAUGUGAAACUGAAGUGCACCUUCAGCUCUAGUCACCCAGUGUCGCCCCAGUCAGUCACAGUGUCCUGGAACUUCCGCCCCAUUAAUUCAGGAACAGAUGAGUCGGUGUUUUACUAUCAGGAGGUACCAUAUCCUCCCCAGCAAGGGCGGUUUGUAGGCCAUGCAGUGUGGUCAGGAGAUAUUAUGAGACAGGACGCCUCCAUCACCUUGCAUGAAGUGCCGCCGACCUUUAAUGGUACCUACAUCUGCCAGGUGCACAACCGUCCAGAUGUUCAUGGUAGCAAUGGAGAGAUCGUCCUCAGAGUUGUCAACAAGGUUUCUUUCUCUGAGAUCAGCAUCCUGGCACUCGCAGUUGGAGGCGCCUGUGGUGUGAUCCUCAUCAUCCUCGUAAUCAUGGUGGCAGUGAAGUUCUACAGGAGAAGGCACAUGGAAAACGACAUUGAGCUGCACCAACGGGACCACGAGUGGAAGGACCCAACCGUGUGGUGAGGGCCAGAGAGCUGGAGCCCCUCUGCUCCUCUUCGUUUUGGGACUGUGGUGGAAUCCGAAUGGCUUUUUGGGUCCACUCUGCUGGAAGAGACAAAUGAAAGUUGAGAGUGGGAAGGUGUCUUUUUCUUCCAUGCUUGCUGCUCCAAUGUGAACCUCUCAGAUAAUAUUAUAGUUUAUUUACUUAAGUAUUAGCAAUAUAAUGUACCACCCAUCCAAAUUUCUGUAAUGACAAAUCUUUACUCACUUUUAUAAGUUUUUACCAAAAGUUGCCAGUGAUUGUAACUACUAACUUAAUUUUAUCAGAGUUUUUAAAUUGUAUAAAUUGGAGAUAUAAAUAUGGAUGGAUUUUUCCAACUAAGCGGGGUUCUUUAAACUUGUACAUAACCUCAAUUCACAGCAGCAGUGCUGACUGCACCAGUUAGGCUAUUUUUUCUGUAUUAAAUGUGUUUUUGUUAGUUUUUUGAAAAUCAUCAGUUAUUUUGUCGUGGGUUUUAAAGAACUAUGCUUUUUACUGAGUCAUCAAUUGAAAGUGAACUUUUACAUAAUUAAUUGUAUCCCUAAACAGCACAAUAGCACCUCAAAAACAUGAUACUGCUGCAGUGAAUUGAGUAAUAUAAUCCAUGUAUCCUCUCUUGCCUGCUACUGAAGGGUUACGUUUUCAAGAUAUAGCAGAUAAGAAAAGAUACAUAUUUUUCUGGGCAAAACCUUCCCUUUUCUGAGAACUGCUGCUUCACAGUAUGAGCCAAUAUCAUUUGUGAAUACAGGCGAAGAACUUUACUAAUCCAGAGACCUUAAACCCAGAGAACCAUGGUGGUUUUGGUGGAGAAAUGUUAAUGAACUGAUGGUUUGGUCAUCUUUGUCCACUGAAAGGAGUACAUCAAUUCUCUGUGAUACUUUGGCUGGGCUUUUUUCAAGCUGAGGAUGUUGGGUAUUGUAUUCUUUAAAGUCUCCUUCGCUGUUAUUUUGGCAAUGGAUAUAUGCUGAGGUCAACCAAUGUGGGCCUUUUUGUUUAUUUGCUGCAGCCAGUUAUCCACCAAUUUAUCAAACAAUAACCCAUCUCACUGUUUACGUGUGUGUGUGUGUGUGUGUGUGUGUGUGUGUGUGUGUGUGUGUGUGUGUGUGUGUGUGUGUGUGUGUGUGUGUGUGUGUGUGUGUGUGUGAUUGAAUUUGUUUUGUGGGGGUUGGGUCAGUACACUUGAAGAGGCAGUUCAUCUGAAAGUUGUGGAGAAGAAGAAAGAAGCUGUUAGUUCAGAUGAUGAGUCUGAGCCCAGCAGUGGAGAUGAUGAGAAGGAGGAUGGCCCUGAAGAUGAUGGUGAUGAUGAUGAUGAUGACGAUGAUCCUGAUGAUGGCGAUGAUGAUUGAAUUGACACUCUUGAUUAGAAUCGUCUCUCCCCUUAUAACACCAGCCUUCUCGGUGUUCAUUAACAUGGUUUAAAUGUUCAGAUGUAAUUUAUUCUACUUUUUCAUGAGUCAGGGCAUUAUGAUCACUGACAUACAGCAAGAAUUACUCUAAAUGUUAAGGAGUACUCCAGUCAAUUUAACAUUGCAUUCCUAUAACAUUGACGGACUCACAAUGGAUCGUUUUUAAAAAAGGAUCAAAUUUGAUGCAGAAGAACCACAUAAUCUUUUUUUCCAUGCUUUCUGCUUCCUUGUCAAAACCUGGCGCCUACAUUUCCCACUGCAAUUCGAACCCUUACGGUUGGAGAUUCAGGUGUAGUAUGCUAGAAGCGGCAAAUGCAGCAUCGAGCCGCUAACCUCAAGCAGAGAUGAGGAGCAGGCCACAGAGGUCUGGUAAGCUCUCUUCUUUCUAACUCCAUACCCCGAGAUUUUUUUCAUUUUCAGACUUUUUCAGUCUUCUGACCCAACCAAUGCUGACCAAUGAGGACAUUUUUUGGGUUUCAUGCAGCUCCGUCUGGAGCAACCUUUAUACAGCCUUUUCACAUACGUAGUAGUACUCCCCAAGACCUGUAAACAGAUUUUGAUCUGUAAAGUCAGUGGAGUUCUUGAAUUUCUGCCUAUUUUAUGGAUGUGGAUUGAUGGAUGUGAGUCCUGUUUGUUGUACAUGACCGCUUUAACUUUGCUUCUUGGUGCUAAUUGGAGUACAUUUCCACACAGCUGCUGCUGGUAAUGUAUUGCCUCAGAUCCAUAUGAAAUUUCAUGUUUAAUAAAUAGACAAUAGAUUUUUAAAGUGCAGAGCCAGUUUAAUUUAGCUCAUUGCUAACGCAAACACAGAUAGUGUUUAUCUAUCUGUUCCGCUGCCACAUCAAACAUUUCUUCUGUUCACUUUCUAAAAGAACCAGCUGAGAGCAGACAAAGCCAAAGCUUCAGUUAGAAACAAGUUUUAACUGCGUAAUUUAAUUUUUGCUUCCAAAAAGUCCCGUAUGAGAUGUAUGAGUGAGAAACAAAGCAAGGUAUUUACUGCAUUGGCAACACUGCACAAGUGAUUUUGUAUUUUGAUUUUGUACAUAGAUCAAAAUAAACAGAACUUUACGAUUUUUUAAUCAAAUGAAAUGUUGUCACAUGUAUCUCUGUUCAGCAACUUUAAAAUUAAAGAACUGUUUUUGAAACUUUUAAGUAGCAUGAAGCAUAUUUUGAAAAAAAAUGUUCAGGUGGGAACAGAUCAGCUCUCGAGGUGAACAGAUUGGGUGUGAAAUACCAACCACCAGCCACUCCUCUAUGUGUCUCACACGACAAUGGGUCAGUGUACAAUCAUGCUUCCUGGUCCUAACAACAGAGUAAAGCGCACGCUUUCAAGACAAAUAUUCAGAUCUAACUGUGCAAACAGUUUCCAUCUUAACAAGUCAGUUUGUCUGAUAUUGGAUCAACGUGUUUCAAGACUUUUUCUCAUGGAGUUGCCUGUAUUUUGAAAUGAGUUGAUUUGUAUUG